CGAAGUACUUUCAUCUCUAGCCUCAUCUUGCGUUGAAUUCUUUGUCAGACAGACUGCGAUUAAAAUCUGAAUUUACGCCUAUAAAACAUAUCCAAACGAAAAUUAACCAACGAAAGUACAACGUUCGAAGGAUAAAUCUCGCGUCGUUAUAAAAUUCAUUAGGUAAAAACUGAAGACUCUUCAAGGAUAAUCGAUUGCAAUUUUCGCUUGCCAAUUUGGAGGAUUUCUUGCCACCCCCAUCAUAAAUAUAAAAAGCGACGCAACGACGCAAAAGGAACUUUCAAUUUGCAAACGCAGUUUCAACCGACUCAGUCAACCAGUUCAACUGACCAGAAAAUAAUAGAAGUAAACCAAGUUUACCGGAUCAUUUAGAAAACAACAGGAAAAAAAACAAGAAAAUAAUGGUGGCUACCGGAAUUUCUCUGAACGAUCGCUUUACCCAGAUGCAGUCGCAGUCCAAGCAACGACAGCAGCAAGGACGUGGACGCAGUCGUUCCCGUAGCAGGAGCCGCCGCAUUGUGGAUAGCCGGGCCGGAAAUACGUCUAUCUCGGCGGCCAAUUCCCGGUUGCUCCAGGAGUUCAAGCGUCGGCAUACCGUACAAACGGCACUCAAACUCAAGCGCAGAAGCUUACGGAACGCGAGCGGACGAGGACCCCGCGUCGGCGGCGUCAAGUCCCUUCGUCUGGCGCCCAAUGGAAAACCCGUGCGGUCGAACAACGUGACCCGAUUAGCAACGAUGCGUGCCGAUCUCGUGGCCAACAAUCGUGGCAGCAACGUACGCCGUUAUUCGGGUUCACAGGCGGGCGGACUUCGUCAGCGGCUGGGCAACCGACGCCCGUCCGUCGGCGGUGCCGCCGAGCGCGUAGAGCGCCGCCAGCGUCAGCAGCAGCAGCAACAACGCGGACGCUCUCGUUCCCGUUCCCGAUCCCGAUCUCGCUUGCCCCCUGUGCAGCGCAUGGAAAGAGGACGCUCUCAGAGCCGUGGACGCUCUCAGAGCCGUGGACCCCCUCAGAGUCGUGGACGCAGCGUGGGACGCUCCCAGAGCCGCAAUCGAGGACGUGAUCGCUCCGCCCAAGGACGACUUCCGGUCAAGCAGCGCCUAUCGGUGAAGCAUCGCUUAGGCGUGCGUCCAGGCCAAGACAACCAAGCCAAGAAGCGUCAGGGCCGUGGCUCGAGCCAGAUUCGUGGCGUAGCCGGUGGGCGCGUGGAAAAGCGUCGCAAUGCACAGAACGCCCAGAAAAAGGGAAUUUCAGCUUCGCUUGCCGGAGGAAGGGGACGUCCUCGUGGAAGAUCUGCUGUUCGGGAUGCUGCUGCUGCUGGACGAGCUGCAUCUGGCUCUGCUUCAAGGCCUGCGCGUCGCUCGCGCUCCCGCAACCGCGCCGCCGACGGGGCUGCUGCCGCUACAACCGCUCAGGGUCGGGGCAAUCCUCGCCAGCGUCGUGGACGCAGUGCAGGCGCUGUCAAGGGAAACAACAACAGAAAUGGUAACAACAAAAACGCCAAGGGAAAGGCAGCGAAUGGCGCCAAACAGGGGCCGGGACAACAGCAACAGGCUCGUCGGGGACGCAGUCGUAGUCGUACUGUUCGAAAGCCCGCAGGAAAACAGCAGCGCCCAGAAGUGAAACGCGAGGCUCUGGAUAAGGAGUUGGAUCAGUAUAUGUCCACCACAAAGUCUGAGAUGGACUACUUGCUAAAGUAGACACAGAUCGGUUGGACCAAAGCAAAAUACAUUUAGAAGAAAUUAAAAAAGAGAAGCGUGCUACCACCGGCUAUAGGCAGAUAAGUUUCUCUUAGGACACUGAAGGACACUAAGAUGUCGCCUAGUUGAUAAUUAGUUGUAAGAAGUUUAUCAUCACUACGUUUAUAAAGCGCAUCGGGGCGCGCAUAUCCAUGUCUCGCAAGAAGAUAACAUAACCAACAUGUUAUUUUGUAAAUAUAUAUGUGGCAAGUUCUUAAAUUUUAAGUUUACCCCAAAAAUAUUUGCUUGAUCAAUGAAAAUGUUAAUCUUAACUUUGAAAUACAUAUUAAUCAUUGCUCAAAUAGUAAAACAAAA